AUGACUCGCACUCACAAGGCCAACGACCGUGAGCACACGGGUGUCAACGAGGGCGGCCACCCCGAGACCAAUCUCCCCCGUUACUUCGCGAAGCACGGCCACGUCGACUGCGAGCCGAACAAGGUCAAGAAGGACGGCCAUGGAAAAGCCAACUGGGGACGUGAGGGUGACGAACUCGAGGACUACGACUACACGAUGACGAACCCUCGUCGCCGUUCCAACAGCAUGACUGCCCACAACAUGAAGGACUUCAAGACCAAGUUCGAGACGAUCGAUGCUGAGCCCGUCUUCGAGGAGGAACUCCACGGCCCUCGUCCCGAGGAUUACACCGACCUCGAGAAGAUGUCGACGGGUGACAGCAGCAACACCGAGGGCAGCAUCCAGGAGGAGGACUCGGCCCACAACAAGAAGGCUUAA